GCGAAGGCCGACGGGCCGGCGAUCGGCAUCGACCUCGGGACGACCUACGCCUGCGUGGCCGUGUGGCGGCCAGUGCACCAACGCGUGGAGGUCAUCGCUAACGACCAGGGCAACCUCACCACGCCGUCCUGCGUCGCCUUCACCGACACCUGGCGGCUCAUCGGCGACGCGGCCAUGAACCCCGUCAACACCGUCUUCGACGCGAAACGACUGAUUGGUCGACGGUUCAGCGAAGAGUGUGUGCAAAGAGAUAUGAAGUUGUGGCCAUUCAAAGUUAUUUCAGGCAACAGUGAUCGGCCGAUGAUUGCGGUGAAGUAUAAGGGUGAGGAGAGGCAGUUCACAGCCGAAGAAAUAUCCUCCAUGGUUCUUGUCAAGAUGAGGGAGACAGCCGAGGCCUACCUCGACAUCGCCGUAAAGAAUGCUGUUAUCACCGUCCCAGUCUACUUCAACGACUCGCAGCGCCAGGCCACCCUCGAUGCCGGUCUCAUUGCUGGCCUCAACGUCACACGCAUCAUCAACGAGCCCUCGGCCGCCGCCAUCGCCUACGGUCUUGACAACACGUCCGUUAGUGGUGAUGGGAAGACGGUGCUCAUAUUUGAUUUUGGUGGUGGUACCUUGGAUAUCUCUGUCAUAAACAUUGACAAAGGCACAUUUGCGGUCAAGGCCACGUCUGGUGACACCCACCUUGGCGGGGAGGAUCUCAACAACAGAAUGGUGGAACACUUUCUGCAGGAAUUCUUGAAGAAACACAAGAGUGACAUCAGUGGCAGUCCGAGGGCUCUGAUGCGGCUUAAGACGGCCUGCGAGAGGGCCAAGAGGAUGCUGUCUUCUACGGCGCAGGCCAAGUUUGAGAUCGACUCGCUCCAUGAUGGCAUUGACUACUAUGUAUCCAUCACUCGCGCCCUGUUCGAGGAGCUCAACAUGGAUCUCUUCCGCAAGUGCAUUGAGCAUGUGGAGAAGUGCCUCGGUGACGCCAAGAUGGACAAGUCACAGAUCCACGACGUUGUGCUCGUCGGCGGCUCCACCAAGAUCACAAAGGUGCAGCAGAUGCUGCAGGAAUUCUUUGACGGGAAGAAGCUCUGCAACAGAAUCAAUCCUGACGAGGCUGUCGCCUAUGGUGCUGCUAUUCAAGCCGCCAUCCUCAGCGGCGAGCACAGCCAGAAGGUGAAGAACUUUCGCCUGCUUGACGUCACGCCGCUAUCGCUCGGGAUAGAGGUAGUAGGCGAUAUCAUGUCCGUGGUGAUACCCAGGAACACUACCAUCCCCGUUAGAAUGGAGAAGGAUUACACGACCAGCGUUGACAACCAGACCACCGUGCGCUUCUCGGUGUACGAGGGUGAAGGAGGGUUGAUCAAGGAUAACAAUCUGCUCGGGAUGUUUGACCUCACUGGUGUCCCUCCGGCACCGAGGGGCGUGCCAUCAUUCAAUGUGACAUUCGAAAUCGAAGCAAACGGCGUCCUGAAGGUGUUAGCGGAGGACAGGGCGAAUGGAAACAAGAACAGCAUCACCAUCACCAACGGCAAGGGUGGGCUGACCAGGAAGGAGAUUUAUCGGAUGGUGCAUGAUGCCCACAAGUACAAAUCCGAGGACAAGAUGGAAAUAGAGAAAGCGAACAAGAAACGCGGAUGGCCAACUACUCCUGCAACUACUCUGAUACUUCUUGCAUUGCCCAUAUGCGUGGCCCUCGUUUGUGUUUCGUUUUUUUCCUGA